AUGUUGAGAUUACCUGUGAUAAAGUUGACCGCAGGACUACAGAAUGGUAGAAUCUCUGUCGCGAGGUUGCAUACAACGUCGUCGAAGUUACAGCAAGAAUUGGUGGAAGUAUUCAUAGAUGAUAAGCCAGUUCAGGUUCCACCAGGAACAACCGUUCUGCAGAUAUUUUUAUGUUAUACAUUCACGUAAUUAUAUUGUUUGUAAUCUAUGUGACGUAAAUAUUCAGCCUGUUGCAGCUUGUGCCAUGCCAGUGAUGAAAGGAUGGAGAGUAAAAACUAAUUCGGAUUUAACUCGUAAAGCUCGAGAAGGUGUUAUGGAGUUUCUAUUGGUAAAUCACCCUUUAGAUUGUCCCAUUUGCGAUCAAGGUGGUGAAUGCGAUUUGCAAGACCAAAGUAUGGCGUUUGGUAGUGAUCGAAGCCGAUUUGUUGACAUCAACUAUAGUGGCAAACGUGCUGUGGAAGACAAAGAUAUUGGUCCUCUAAUAAAAACAGUCAUGACACGUUGUAUUCAUUGCACAAGGUGCAUUCGUUUUGCAUCUGAAGUGGCUGGUAUUGAUGAUUUAGGGACUACAGGCCGUGGAAAUGACAUGCAAGUAGGAACGUACGUAGAAAAAAUGUUUCUGUCUGAAUUAUCUGGUAACAUUAUCGACUUGUGCCCUGUGGGAGCAUUAACGAGUAAGCCAUAUGCUUUUGUUGCUCGCCCAUGGGAGACACGACGUACAGAUAGUAUUGAUGUUCUCGACGCUGUUGGCAGUAACAUAGUGAUAUCACAUAGAACGAAUGAAGUUUUGAGAAUUUUGCCAAGAGUGAAUGAGGAAAUAAACGAAGAGUGGUUGUCUGAUAAAGCACGAUUCUCUUGUGAUGGAUUAAAGCGCCAGCGACUUAUAACUCCUAUGAUAAAAAUUAAUGGAAAGUUAGAGGCUGUUGAAUGGGAAGAUGCCCUCAUAGCAACUGGCCGAGCUAUUCAAGAUAUAGCUCCAAAUAAAUGUGCUGCGAUUGCUGGAAAAUUAGUCGAUGCCGAGGCUCUCAUAGCUUUGAAAGAUUUAGUAAAUAGGCUUGGUGGUGAGAUUCUUGCAACGGAACAAAGCUUUCCAAAAGAAGGCGCUGGUAUUGAUAUAAGAAGUAAUUACCUAUUGAACAAUACAAUUGCUGCUGUGGAAGAGGCCGACGUUGUGUUAUUGGUCGGUACUAAUCCGAGGUAUGAAGCGCCACUGGUGAACACUCGCUUAAGGAAAGGAUACAUUCAUGGUGAACAGACCAUUGGUCUAAUUGGUCCAAACCAUUUAGGUCAAUCCGCAGAUAUCGUAACACAAUUAAGAAACGGUACUCAUCCAUUUUCGAACACUCUGAAAUCCGCUAAAAAGCCUUUAAUCAUCUUGGGCGUUGACCAACUAACGAGAAAAGAUGGAGCAAAAAUUUUGUCUGAAACGCAAUUGUUGGCUCAAGCUUUGGGAGAAAACACGAAAGCUCCUGAAGAAUGGAAGGUGUUAAAUAUUCUUCACACAAGAGCGUCACAAGUAGCGGCUUUGGACGUGGGUUAUUCAUCGACUAUCGAGGAGGUUAAAGAACAACAACCAAAAAUUCUCUUUUUACUAGGAGCUGACGAUGCGAAUAUCAAGAAAGAAGACUUUCCAAAUACAUUUAUUAUAUACAUAGGUAGCCAUGGUGACGAGGGAGCCUCGAUCGCAGACGUUAUACUCCCUGGAGCUGCGUAUACUGAAAAGGUUGCGACAUACGUAAAUACGGAAGGUCGUUCGCAACAAACUUGCGCUGCAAUCACACCACCGGGUAUGGCACGACCGGAUUGGAAGAUAAUACGGGCACUUUCCGAAAUUUGCGGAGUUCGUUUGCCUUAUGAUAACUUGGCUGAAGUGAGAUCCAGAUUGGAAGAAGUAGCACCACAUUUAGUUAGAUACGGUGCCGUAGAAUCAGCUAACUAUUUCGCUCAGGCAUUGGAAUUAUCAAACCAAGUACCAGGUUCUUUAUCCUCCAAUCCAUUAGAAGUUAAACAAGAGACAUUGGAUCAAUUUUUCAUGACCGAUGCGAUAUCUCGUGCUUCGCAAACAAUGGCAAAAUGUGUACAAGCAGUUAUUAAGCAACGAGAAUCUACCUUAUAG